AUGAAUUCUUGGUCUCUAGGUAGUACAAAUGGUGCUUCUCUUAAUAUUGUCUCUAAUGCAACAUCUGUUUUAUUCCAAUAUCCAUGCACCUCAAAAUCUACCUGCACUUGGUAUGAAUCAAGGCUCCCCGGUGGCUAUUACAAAGUCGAUGUUUGGGGAGCACAAGGUGGAGGGAGCUAUUGCAAUGGACGAUAUUUGGAAGGACAAGGAAAAGGUGGUUAUUCCGUCGGCGUUCUUCAAUUGACAGAAGAGACAAAAGUUUAUGUUUAUAUUGGAGGUCAAGGUGAAAAUGGAUUAAAACCAUCGACACGAGCCGUAAAAGGUGGUUACAAUGGCGAUGGAGAUAGUGCCCAAGAUAACGAUAGUGAUAGAGAUGAUCAAGGAGGUGGUGGAGGAGGUGCAACAGAUGUCAGAGUAAAUGGAAAUCAGUUAGCAAACAGAGUGAUUGUUGCAGGUGGUGGAGGAGGUAAUGGAUUUGACACCUGCAACCAUAAUUAUCUAGGAAGUGGAUAUGGCGGAGGAAUUGAAGGAAGCAGACCAAUGGAAGAUGGACCUAAAUAUGGUACUGCUGCAUCACAAACUGUUGGAUAUUCACCUGGAGUUGGCGAAAAUGGUAAAUUUAACCUGGGAGCUACUUCCGGUGGUGGUGGCGGCGGGUACUAUGGAGGCUACACCAUUGCAGCAUCUUUUUCAGGUGGUGCUGGUGGUGGGUCAGGUUACAUCGAUAAAGUUAUUUCAUUCAAUGGAAUUGAGAAGAAAACAAUUCCAGGAAAUGAAACAAUCCCAACACCCACUGGAACCCCCUCAACUUCCCUAGGUUGGUAUGGAAACGGUGCCGCACGUAUCACAGUUCUUGGAUACUUUCUGACACUAACUGACACAAUUGAAGAUUGUUAUCCCCUUGAUGACACAAUACACCUCUAUUUCAACGUCAACACCCUUGGAUCAGGCGAAAAAUGUACAGUUACUAGAGUUCUCAAUGACCAAACAGAAGUAAUAACACACAAUGAUGAAGGUACUCCAUUCACCAUUGUUGAUGAUAUAACUCCACCUAAAAAAUCAGGUCAUUACACUUUAGAUUACACAGUUUCAUCGAAAAGCGGUGCUGUGACCACCUUGAGUAUUCCUAUUGUUAUCAAUGACAAACCCAGAAUGACUGUCUAUGGAGAGCUCAAGAAGCAAUACACAAACGGCGAAAAAGCCGAGAUUGAUAUUGGAGUUUAUGAUGAUACUUAUGUUGAGAUAAAAUUGAGAGAAGAAGGAAGAGUUUUGAAAACAUUGAAUGUUAGUUGUAACAAACAAACAGUGAGAAAUACAUUCAAAUUCACAAUUGGCCCUUAUGAUGUUGGUUCAUUCCAUAAUAUGGAGAUUAUUGCAGUUGAUCAACUUGGAUUUGAAUCAAAUAAUUAUUCAUUUGGUUUUAUAAUUGUUGCAAAUCGAACUCCUGAAUUACAAGCAGAUAAUAUUUCUUAUGUACAGUUCUAUACAAAUACAAUGAGAAUUUCUGGAUCAGUUCGUGAUAUGGAUAGUGCAUCAACUGUUUCUCUUUAUACUUCGAUUGACGACAAGAAUCUCACGAAACAUAAAGAGAUUGAAAUCAAAUCAGAUUCGUGGAUGCCAUUUAUAUUUGAAAGACAGUUGAUAUCGCUUUCUUUAGGUAUACAUGACUUAAUGGUUUAUUCUGUAGACGACAAAGAAGCAGUUUCAAACAAGAUCAUGUUUCCUUUUGCAGUAAUUGAUCCGAAAAAGUAUUAUGUUGGUACGUGCUUCUAUUAUUGUACUCAUUUCACUCAAUAUGAGUUCUUAUUUACAUGUUUGAUUAUUCAAUCAUAA